AUGCAAGGAUAUCGGUGGUUACACCUUCGUGCAUUACAGAGGGGGUAUGUUGCAUCACAAGACACAAUAAGGCAGCUGAUCAAGUUGUUUGAUCCUGAAGGUGUGGAGCUCAGGCGGGCGCGCCGUCUGAGACGCAGGCAUUACCGUAAUAAAGGCCCAAAUCCUCUGUGGCACAUGGAUUCGUACGAUAAACUGAAGCCCUAUGGCAUUGGCAUCAAUGGCUGCAUUGAUGGUUUUAGUCGCUAUGUUGUGUGGAUGGAAGCCUACAGAACAAACAACGACCCAAAGGUGAUUGCUGAUUACUUCAUCACAUCUAUUGCGCGCUUGGGAGGAUGUCCGGAGCGUCUGCGCGCUGACAGGGGGACAGAAAAUGGACAUGUUGAAAACAUGCUUGUCUUUUUGCGAAGGAACCACACUGACAGUUUUGCAAGAGACCGAAGUUUUGUCUAUGGGCGCAGCACCGCAAACCAGCGUAUUGAGUUUUGGUGGGGAAUCUUGAGAAAACAAAGUGCACAGUUUUGGAUCAAUCUUUUCCAAACUCUCCAAGAUGAUGGGCAUUUCUCCGGUGAUUUUUUGGAUAAAAGCUUAAUUCAGUUCUGCUUCCUAAACCUUGUUCAGGACGAACUUAAUGAAGUCGUGACAACCUGGAAUUCCCACAAAAUAAGGCCAAAGGCGGGUCACGGGGUGACUGGAGGCCGUCCUGUUUUGAUGUACACACUUCCAGAGAUGCAUGGCGCUGAAGACUGUCUUAAGACUAUUGAUUUGGAGGAGCUGGCCCUAUGUAAGGAGGAGUGCACCCCCAAAAGCCAGUACCCCUGUGAUGAAACUGUAUUUGAUCUCUGCUGUCUUCUAAUGCAGGAAAAAGGAUGGGAUGCUCCAAGAGAUGCAUUUUCUGCUGCUGAAUUGUACUUGUUACUAAGAAAUGAAAUACUGCUAAAUAUUUAAGGCAGGAUAGUCCUCUAAGGACGUUAAUUGGUGUGAGCUGUCAGAUUUCAGAAGCCUGGUACUGAAACCAUGAAGUCCUCUAAAUGUGGACAAUUUAACAGAGUAUAAAAGCUAUUUCUACCCAUAACAUGGGCCUACUUGUAAAACUUUAUUUUCACAAUGAAAGUAUUCCUUUUUUCCCCUCUGACUACCUUAAUCAGUGUUUGCUGUGAAGGAGCGAUGUAUAUAUGAAGGCUGAAAUAAUUUGUGGUGGGUUAAUUAUGCUUUUAUUCUUCAAUUUAAUUUGUGUUAAACUGUCAAGGACUGACUCAACAUGAAGGUUACCAUAACAGUCUACAAGAAUAUUGUCUGUAACAAUGGCACAACAUGCUGGAGUAUUAAAAGAUUGUAUUGUAGAGGAUGCAAUGUGCACUUAAUUUCCUGCAAAAUUACUCAGGUGCCAGUCACUAGACACAAAAUCUUUAAAUAGAAAACUCUUUAUUUCACUAACUUUUU